CAUCAUUUCCUUUUUCUCCUAUUUCCUAUGUUCAACAUUAAUUUGACUUUCUCAAAAACUCAACCUCAUCUCUUCCCCACAUUAAAUUCAAAUGACCAAACAUUAAUAUUCUACACAUAUGUCAUUCCAACGCCAUGCAAUGCAUGUUCAACCAAAUUAACCAAUCAACAAACUUACGUUCACAUAAUUUCAUUUCCACAGCAAGCCAUGUGAAAAUAUUGAAAAAAAUACUACCAUAUUACUACCAUGUAUGGUAAAUAUUCCCAAUGCAUGCAACCCUAUGAAUGAAUACAAUUUUCUGCUACACGCGUCUUCUCACAAUCCAAGAACAACUACUACCGUAUUCCAAACUCUUCAACCAACUAAAUUAAAUUUCAUUGUCUUUAUUCAUAUUCAUAAGAGUUCAUAUUUUUCUACGUUUGUGACAAUUCUUUUCAAACUAGCUUAAACCAAAAAUAGCAUUAACAAUGAAAGUAUCAAUACUUUUUCUCUUAUGCUUCUUCUCUUGUGUUCUACUAGUCCUUUGUCAUGAUAAUGAUAAAACCACUUUGAAUGUGCUUUUGGAGGUGAAAUCAUCUUUUACAGAAGACCCUGAAAAUGUUCUUAGUACUUGGUCUGAAAACAACACAGAUUACUGUACUUGGAGAGGUAUUUCAUGUGACUCGGUGAGUCGUGACAUAGUUAGACUCGUUUUGUCUAACUCAAAACUCACUGGGUCAAUUUCACCUUCUAUCGGUCUUUUACAAAACCUAACUCACCUUGAUCUUUCAUCAAACCAUAUUGUGGGUCCCAUUCCACCUUCUCUCUCCAAACUUACUAAACUAGAAUCUUUGCUUUUGUUCUCCAACCAACUGACGAGUCAAAUUCCCGCUGAGUUUGGCUCGUUAGUGAAUCUCCGAUUUUUGCGACUCGGUGAUAAUCAACUCAGUGGUGAAAUUCCCUCUUCAUUAGGCAAUCUUGCUAAACUUGUCACCCUUGGGUUAGCUUCAUGCAAACUCAACGGUUCGAUCCCGAGUGAACUCGGUCGACUCACUGAGUUAAAGAAUCUUAUUAUUCAAGACAACAAGUUAACCGGUUCUAUUCCAUCCGAGUUAGGCAACUGUUCAAGCCUCAUCAACUUCACUGGAGCUGAAAACGAACUCAAUGGAACAAUCCCGAGUCAACUGAGUCGACUCAGAAACCUUGAAAUUCUCAGUCUUGCAAAAAAUACCUUAACAGGUGAGUUACCGAGUCAACUCGGUGAAAUGAGUAAACUCGAAUAUCUCAAUGUGAUGGAAAACAAACUUGAGGGUCACAUUCCAAUUUCUCUAUCUCAAUUGGGUAAUCUUGUAGAUCUUGACUUGUCAACGAACAAAUUCAGUGGAGAAAUUCCAAGAGAGUUUACCAACAUGUCUAGGUUACAAUACUUAGUUCUUUCUGAUAACCCUUUAUAUGGAAAUAUUCCAAAAACUUUAUGUUACAAAUCAAAAAGUUUAGAGCAUUUAAUAAUAUCUAGAAGUGGACUUCAUGGUGAAAUUCCAUCCGAGUUGAGUCAAUGUAAAUCAUUGAAGCAAAUUGAUUUAUCAAACAAUUAUCUCAAUGGAACAAUACCUCUUGAGAUUUAUGGUUUGGUGAAUUUAACUAAUAUUUUGCUUCAUAACAAUAGUUUGGUUGGUUCAAUUUCACCUUUCAUAGGAAAUUUGAGUAACAUGCAUUUACUUGCAUUGUAUCAUAACAAGUUGCAUGGUGCUUUGCCUAAAGAGAUUGGAAGGCUUGGAAAGUUGGAAAUUUUGUAUCUUUAUGAAAAUCAGUUUUCUGGGGAGAUACCUAUGGAGAUUGGUAAUUGUUCAGAAUUGCAAAUGGUUGAUUUCUUUGGUAACCAUUUUGGUGGAAGAAUUCCAAUCACUAUUGGAAGGUUAAGGGAAUUGAGUUUUCUUCAUCUUAGGCAAAAUGAUCUUGUUGGUGAGAUUCCAGCUACACUUGGGAAUUGUCAUAAACUAAGUGUGUUGGAUUUGGCUGAUAAUAACCUCUCUGGUGGAAUUCCCGCGACAUUCGGGUACCUUAAAGAUUUGAAGCAGUUCAUGCUUUACAACAAUUCUCUUGAAGGUGGUAUUCCUCAGCAAAUGGUGAAUGUAGCAAAUUUGACAAGAGUUAAUCUUUCAAAGAAUAGGCUGAAUGGAAGUUUGGCUCCAUUGUGUAGCUCCAGAGAUUUUCUUUCUUUUGAUGUCACAGGUAAUGUGUUUGAUGGUGAAAUUCCUUCAAAUUUGGGAAACUCUUUUUCUCUUAAUAGGCUAAGACUAGGCGGUAACAAGUUUUCUGGUGAAAUUCCGAGGACAUUAGGAAAAAUCACUGAAUUAUCUUUGUUAGAUCUCUCAGGAAAUUCACUCAUAGGACCAAUACCAGAUGAACUAUCUUUGUGUAACAAACUUGCCUCUAUUGAUUUAAGCAAUAACCUACUUGUUGGUCAAGUACCAGCAUGGCUUGGAAAUUUGCCUAAGUUGGGAAAGGUUAAUCUUGCAUUCAAUCAAUUUUCUGGGCCUUUCCCGUUAGGCCUAUUCAAAUUACCUAUGUUGUUAGUUCUUUCCUUGAAUAACAAUUCUCUUGAUGGAAGUCUCCCGGAUGGUUUAGACGAACUUGAAUCGCUUAAUGUCCUAAGACUUGACCAAAAUAAUUUUAGUGGACCAAUCCCUCAUGCAAUAGGUAAUUUGAGAAAUCUAUAUGAGCUCAAUCUAUCUAGAAACGUCUUUAGUGGUGACAUACCAGAUGAAGUUGGGAGUCUUCAAAAUCUCCAAGUUGCUUUAGACCUCAGUUACAAUAAUCUCUCUGGUCAGGUUCCAUUUUCUGUUGGCACGUUGGCGAAAUUGGAAGCACUUGAUCUAUCUCACAAUCAACUCACUGGAGAAGUUCCUUCAAACAUCGGUGAAAUGAUUAGCUUGGAAAAGCUGGAUAUCUCUUAUAAUAACUUUCAAGGUGCAUUGAAUAAGCGAUUCUCCCGCUGGCCUUACGAGGCAUUUGUAGGGAACCUUCAUCUUUGUGGAGCCUCUCUUGGUAGCUGUGGUGCUUCCCGUAAUAGGCUAUCGAGGUUAAGUGAGAAAUCAGUGAUUAUAAUCUCUGCCUUGUCAACUCUAGCUGCAAUUGCACUACUUGUUCUUGCAGUGAAAAUCUUCUUGAGAAAUAGGCAAGAACUUCUGAAGAAAGGCAGUGAAUUAGAGUGUGUUUUCUCCUCCACUUCAUCACAGGUGCAGAAACGGCCGUUGUUCCCUUUAAGUACAGGUGGACGGAGAGAAUACAGGUGGCAAGAAAUCAUGGAUGCUACAAACAAUUUGAGUGAUGAAUUCAUAAUCGGUUCUGGAGGUUCUGGAACAGUCUACAGAGUUGAAUUGCCUACCGGUGAGACUGUUGCUGUCAAGAAGAUUUCAUUGAAAGACGAAUAUCUGUUGCAUAAAAGCUUUAUAAGAGAAGUGAAGACUUUAGGGAGGAUUAAGCAUAGACAUUUGGUGAAACUGGUUGGUUGUUGUAGCAAUAGACACAAAGGAAAUGGUUGCAAUCUGUUGAUAUAUGAGUUCAUGGAGAAUGGAAGUGUUUGGGAUUGGUUACAUGGAAAUGCUCUCAAGUUAAGGAGAAGCCUUGAUUGGGACACACGGUUCAAAAUUGCUUUGGGGUUAGCUCAAGGAAUGGAGUACCUUCAUCAUGAUUGUGUGCCAAAGAUCAUUCACCGGGAUAUCAAAUCCAGCAAUAUAUUGUUAGAUUCCAAUAUGGAUGCACACUUGGGAGAUUUUGGAUUGGCGAAAGCAAUCGUUGAGAAUCUUGAUUCUAAUACCGAGUCUACUUCUUGUUUCGCAGGAUCUUAUGGUUACAUUGCUCCAGAAUUUGGAUACUCUUUGAAGGCAACAGAGAAAAGCGAUGUAUACAGCAUGGGAGUCGUGCUUAUGGAACUUGUUAGUGGUAAAUUACCAACUGAUGCAGCAUUUAGAGGAAGUGUAGACAUGGUGAGAUGGGUGGAGAUGCGCAUUAACAUGAAAGGAACUGAACGCGAGGAACUCGUAGAUCCUGAGCUCAAACCUCUUUUACCUUAUGAAGAGUUUGCAGCAUUUCAAGUGCUUGAAAUAGCUAUACAGUGCACCAAAACUACACCAAUGAAGAGGCCAUCAUCAAGGCAAGUAUGUGAUCUUCUUCUACAUGUAUCCAAGAACAAAAAAGUGGAGUUUGAGAAGAUGAAGAUGGAUUCUUACAACUGAAAUUAUUUCUCCUUGGAUUGAUGAGAAAGUGGCUUUAAAUAACAUUGAUUUUUACUGGCUUUUGUUUAAUGUUUCUGUUCUUGAUUUUAUUUAGUUAUUGUAGUAUUUCAAUUUAUAUGUCAUUCCAAUACUACUUGAAUAUGGAGCUUUAUGAAUAUAAAGGUUAUAUGAUAUUGCAUAUUUUCCA